AUGGCUGUCGGCCCCAUCCGACCCUCGCCUUGGCGUUUCAGCGCAUGGAAACGCCGGUGUCAUGUUUUCCACUCUUCACCUUCGCAACGAAAACCGCGAAUGCCGCACAUGCUGCACAUCGGCGAUGGAGGAUCGAUGACGUAUAUGUUUGUGUGUUGUGCCCAUAUGCCGAAUGUGUCGACAGAGGUUGCCAAGCCUGGGCCUUGGCCCGUGGGCCACGGCGGGCACGGAGGCAAUCUGCGACCAGGCCAAUUCGGCCAUGGUGGUGGGGUUGGAUUAGGUCGUCCCCUGGAUGCUGAUGACGUCCCACACGUCCCCCCACACGUCCACCGGCCUCAAGGCCUCAAGGCUUACCCGAUGGCGGCGAACCUUUUGGAGAAUCAGGCGAGAGGAGAGGCCCCAGGGCUCUUUGCCGUUGGCAAAACCAUGCUUUUCUGGCUGCGUUCAGCACUGGAAAAAGUGUCCGUGUCGGAUUUGUGGUAG